UUCGGAGCCUUUCGGAGCCCUUCGGGGCUGUUCGGCCCCGUUCGGCCCUUUCCGGGGCGGGCUCGGGCCGUUCCGGCGCCGUUCGGGCCCUUCGGAGGCAGCAGCGGGGCUGGAGGCGAGCGGCGGCGGCGGCCCGGGGGGGCGGCGGAGAGGUGCUGGGGAGGCAGAAGCAGCAUGCCCUGUGGCUCUCGGCUCUCAGCUCUCACCCUCCAGGCUCCGGGAAAGCCGCCUCUCUUGUGGUGAACGGGACCCGGCUGCGUUUCUCCGCCGCAUGCCCUCUCGCGAGCGCUGGAUUAUGGUCGUCUCCUUCUCCCUCUGCUCCAUCAUCUGGCUGAAUCGCGGCUUCAAGCUGAGGAAAAGGGGCUGCACCUAAGCACCACGGGGCGCUGGGACCGGGCUCCCCGAGGCGCCGCUUCGUGCAGAGACCUCUGGAGAGCGCCGAUGGGGGAGAGCUGCCCCUGAGGGCUCGCCUCUCCAAGCAGAGAAAGCUCGGAGCCGCUCUCGCCAUGGCCGAGAGGAUGGGCAGCACCGACGGCUUCCAGUACCGCGCCCUCUACCCCUACCGCAAGGAGCGCGAGGAGGACAUCGACCUGCUGCCCGGAGACAUCCUGGUGGUCAGCAAGGGGGCCCUGCAAGCCUUGGGCUUCAAGGACGGCGACGAGCAGAACCCCAACCAGAUCGGCUGGAUCCUGGGUGUCAACGAGAGGACCAAGCAGAAGGGCGACUUCCCCGGCACCUACGUGGAGUACGUGGGGCCUGUGAAGAUCUCCGUCCCUUCGCAUCGGCCCCGGGUGCAGAGACCCCUGCCCGCCACACCGGGGGCUGGCGGCUGCCGGCUGCAGGAGGCUCCAGAGCAAGGGUCUCCUCUCCCCGACCUGCAGGAGCAGUUCAGUCCCCCGGAGAUCGCGCCGCCACUGCUGGUGAAGCUGGUGGAAGCCAUCGAGAAGAAAGGGUUAGACAGCGAGAUGUUGUACAGGACAUCUGGCUCCGAACUGAGGCAAGCUCUGAGAACCGAUUGGAGCCUGGGUGACCUGGAGCCCUUUGACGUGCACUCCCUGGGCGAGGCGCUGCGCGGCUACCUGCAGGACCUGCCUUCCCCCGUGGUGCCCGUGGCGGUGCACGGAGACAUCCUUCGUGUCCUGCAGGAGGUUCCCCAGCCGGAGAAUUGCCGGAAACAGCUGCUGCUGGCCCUGGAGUCGCCUGCGGUCCCGCUCCAGAACACGCUCACCCUGCAGUUCCUGCUCCGGCAUCUGGGGAAGGUAUCACAGCAGGCCGAGAGCAACAACCUCCACCCUCGGGCCCUGGGAGAGAUUUUCGGCCCCCUUCUCCUCCGGCUGCCUGGCGCCAGCCCAGAGCUGAGCCCUGACUUCUCCGUGCUUUUUCUGGAGAUGCUUCUGCAGCUGAAGGAGUUGGAGCCGGAACAGCUGCCUCCAGCGUUGCCUCCAAAGCCUCCUAAGCCAAAGCCCAGCGCCGCCAGCCUGGCCAACGGAAACAGCGUGCCCUUGCAGGACGCCGAGUGGUAUUGGGGUGACAUUUCCCGGGAGGAAGUGAACGAGAAGCUGCGGGACACGCCGGACGGUACCUUCCUGGUGCGGGAUGCUUCCAGCAAGAUCCAGGGCGAGUACACGCUCACACUCAGGAAAGGAGGCAACAACAAACUGAUCAAGAUCUUCCACCGGGAAGGCAAGUACGGCUUCUCGGAGCCCCUGACUUUUGGCUCGGUGGUGGAGCUCAUCACACAUUACCGGCACGAGUCGCUCGCCCAGUACAACGCCAAGCUGGACACGCGGCUGCUCUACCCCAUCUCCAAGUACCAGCAGGACCAAGUGGUGAAAGAGGACAGCGUGGAAGCCGUGGGAGAGCAGCUGAAAGUCUAUCACCAGCAGUACCAGGACAAGAGCUGGGAGUACGACCUGCUGUACGAGGAGUACACGCGCACGUCCCAGGAGCUGCAGAUGAAGAGGACGGCAAUCGAGGCCUUCAACGAGACGAUCAAGAUCUUCGAGGAGCAGUGUCAGACGCAGGAGAAGUGCAGCAAGGAGUACAUCGAGCGCUUCCGGAGGGAGGGCAACGAGAAGGAGGUGCAGCGGAUCCUCAUGAACUCGGAGAAGCUGAAAUCUCGCAUCACGGAGAUUCACGACAGCAAGAUGAAGCUGGAGCAGGACCUGAAGAAACAAGCCUCAGAAAACCGGGAGAUCGACAAGCGCAUGAACAGCCUCAAGCCUGACCUCAUGCAGCUGCGCAAACUGCGGGACCAGUACUUGGUGUGGCUGACGCAGAAAGGUGCCCGGCAGAAGAAAAUCAACGAGUGGCUGGGCAUCAAGAACGAGACGGAGGAUCAGUACUCCAUGAUGGACGACGAGGAGGAGCUGCCUCACCACGAGGAGCGGACGUGGUACGUGGGGAAGAUCAACCGGCUGCAGGCCGAGGAGAUGCUGUGCGGCAAGCGGGACGGCACCUUCCUGAUCCGCGAGAGCAGCCAGAAGGGGUGCUACGCCUGCUCCGUGGUGGUGGACGGUGACACCAAGCACUGCGUCAUCUACAAGACGGCGUCUGGCUACGGCUUCGCGGAGCCCUACAACCUCUACGCCUCCCUCAAGGACCUGGUCUUGCACUACAAGCACACGUCCCUGGUGCAGCACAAUGACUCCCUGAAUGUCACGCUGGCUCACCCGGUCCUUUCCCAGCCACCCGCCAGAUGAGCAGCCCGUGCACAACACAACAGCUGCCUUCAGCUUCUCCCCAGGGCACUGCUUUCUGGCUCUGGACUCUUGCACCCUGUAUAGUUGAGUCUCUGUGCUCCUGCCCCUCCAGAGCCUCCGAGAUGUCUGUGACCGUUCCUGGUGUCCCUUUUUUGGUCAGUAGCUGAAACCCGUGUUGGCUGAUGGGACAAAAAAGGCUGGGCUGUUGCCUCCCAGUGGGCUCCAGUCCUUAGGAGGUGGGAUCCAGUUGGAAUUGAACCGCUGUGGGCGAGCACAGCCCUUCCCCUUCCCCGACAAACAGGUCAGACCCCUUCUUGCUGGCAGGUUGCCCCGCUAUGCAUCACCGUAGAGCUAGAUCCUGAUUCCCCUGCGCUCUGGUGCAGGUCACUGCUGCUCUGGGCAAGGGGCUCCCUGCCCCGGGCGCUGGAGAAGGCAGAGGAGGAGCCUCCGCCGAGCGUACGCGUCCUCCGCUCUCCCUUCCCUCGGUGACUUCGUGGGCUGGGGUGGGAGCUGGUGUCUGGUACGAGGGCUGCUGCUCCGUUGUGCAGGGACUCGGUUUCACCAAGAGAAAAGUGUCCGUGGGGCGGCGGGCGUGCUGGGGAGGGGGCUUCGUGGCCGAGGUCCCCGCUCCGUGCUGUGCUCCUUCUCCCUGGUGUCGUAGCCCCCUCCUGAGCGUUGCUGCCAGGGCAGGGAGGACCCGGCAGGCGACGAAUCUCUCCCCUUAGUUGUGCCAACUAAGCUGUGAAACCCCCGUCGGUACCCGGGGCGCGCAGCUCUUUGUUCUCCUGGUUGUCUUUGGUGAAUCUCUGCGAGCGCAACCCGUUGAAGCUAACUGUAGCUCUGUAAAUAUGGUUCUUUUUGUAAUCAGCUGCUUUCUACCUAGUCCCGGCGGGUGCUCAGCUCCCACUCCCACCUGCAAGCGCGUGGGCAGCAUCCAUCCGGGCUGCUGCAGGGCUCGGCUCCUGCCGGCUGGAGCAGGAGGGGGUUCGGAGCCCGCCGCACACUACGAGCCCGACGCAAAAUGAAGGACCUCUGCUGCAGGAGGACGGUAUCUCCGCUGGGCCUCGGGGCCUUAGCACGUAGAAAUGUAUAUGCAUGAUGUGGAACUGUGUAUGCAAAGCACUUAUAUUCGUCAGUACUGUAUGGGGACUGGAUGGGGAGGGGAGGGGGGUCGCUGUAGGGGUGCCCCUCGCAGCUGGCAGGCACGGGCAGGGCUUUGCAGAAAAAUUUCUGGCUUUGCAGAAAUUGCUGAGCGCAAUUUUUUGGUUUGUAAAAGCUGCACCCGAGCCUGUGAGCCGAGGCCGUGGUGGUUUCUGCUUUACGGGGUUAUCCGGUCUGCCUGGAUUGAGCAGAGCAUUGGUCGUCCUCUCUGAUUUGCCUGAGAGGCUCUUCCCCUUUCCUUGCCGGGACCUCCGGAAGGGCUUGGGGAUGCUGUAGGUUUUGCUGCUUCUGCUUUGUGGUGCAGCUCGCUCUGCGGGGCGCCCUGCACUCCCAGUGCCAGAGCACGGUGCGUUCGCAUGUCCUUUGCCUGCGUCCCAUCCUCCACGCACCGCCUGCAGCAGGGCCUGCCCCGUUGCUAUCCCUCGCUCUCCCUCUUCCCCCGGUCACCUCUGCUGCUCGUGCAGGUCCGGGAAGGUUCCCAGAUCCUUUUGGAUCCUUUUGGGGUCUGGGGUUGUUGGAGCAAACGUCACGUUCCCCUUUUUUGCGGCAGCUCUCCCACGCUCAGCUGUACAGACCCUGUUCCCUGCUCUGUGGCCCUGGGCUCUGUUUUGGGGCUCCCCUCUUUUGUCAGUGCUCGGUGCUAUCGCUCGGGGGCUCACCUGGCAAAAGCCAGCAGUGGCAGUUAAGGGAAUGGUUUGGGCUCAGAAACACGAGAUCGGGGCAGGUGGGAGCAGGGCCGCCAGCCCCUGUGCUCGGAGCGCAGACACAGAGCCCCCCCAGGGUCUGUGGGGUGCUGGGACACCCCAAAGCCUUGGGCUGGGCUCCUGCCUUGCAGGGUGGGCUGUGGUGGGCUCCUCCAGCCCCUUUCCCCCCCCACAACCCCACCUAGCUGAGCUUGGGGCCGGUCCCACGCCAGCCACCGCGUUUGGGUUUCCGUGUCUCAGCGCUUCGCUCGGUGCUUCCCCAGGGCUUUGCUGCCGAGGAAAUUCCAGCUUCCCGUGACAGCGUUGGUUUUAUUUUUAAUUUUACCCUCCUGGCCGAAUUUCUGCUUUUCCCCACGCCGUCCCUGCCUGCCCCCAGCUGCAGCAGGACGAUGGUGGCCCCGCCGCGUCUUCCAGCGCCGCCCUCACCAUGGGUCUGGCCCCAGCAGGGCCGUGCUCGUGGUCUUGUGUGCAGCGAGGAGGAACGAGCCCUUCCCCAGGGCUGCCAUUUCCCCGACAGUGCUCGAUUCGGCUCUCAGAACCGCUGCUUCGCCCCUCUGUCCCCGGCGGGUGGAAGAACCAAGCCCCGAGCUCCCUGCAGCGCGGCUCCCCCUGGAAUAAGCUAGUUUGUGAUUUGUCUUUUUGAUGCUUUCGCUCGUGCUUGUCCGCGCCUCCGGGUUAACCAGGUAGUGAUGUGUUUUCGAGGCCCUGGGCUGUGCUUUGCUGCUUGUCACCCGCAUGUCCCCCACCCAAAACCGCGUGCCCACGUCCCAUGGGUGCACCGCGGCCGUCCCUGCUCCUUGGGGCACAGCUCGGCCCUUCCAGGGGGCGAGGGCAGCCCCCGGCAUCGCGGCGAGGUCCCAAAAAAACGCGUCCAACCCCUCCUGCUUCGGGUCGGCUCGCGUUGCUCCGAGCCCCCCGCCGUAACCCCGAGGGCUCUCGUGUCACCGGAGAGUGGCCGGAGGUGGCACGGGUGUCCCCGACCGCUUUGUGCUCGGAGAGGACGUGGCGGCUGUGUGAGCGCUACUGAGAUUUUUUAGUUCUUUAGGUAUAUGCAAUAAUAAAUACUCCUAACUUGCCACUUCAGCUGUUCGUUACCAGCAGUAGUUUCUCUUUGCUCUUUCUGUUGAUGUUUACUAAUGUAAACCCAGUAUUUGUUACUGUAAGGAUUUUUGUACGGUACUUCGAAAAAAGGAAAAAAAAGAAAAAAAAAUGACAAAAACACAAAUAAAACAGAAUUAAUGAUGUG